AUGUAUGCCAUCUACCCAUCACCACAUACGACAAACUUUUUAACCACUAUACUAUUAAACCUCCAGAAAGUUUCAACCAGGCUAGUAGUUAGAGAUCCCGAAGUUCCAAGAAAGACACGAUCCAACUACUAG